AUGAUUCCCGAAGAAUUCACAGUCCCUGUCUCGGAGGAGUCUGUUGUUCCUGGCGCACCGUCUUCUAGUGGAGACAUGCCAUCUACAGCAGGCAAUGGUGCUGCUGCUGUUUGUUUGGCUGAAGUGACUUCUCGGCUCCAGGCUUUAAGUGGUCUAUUUUCUUCAGCUGCAAUGUCCUCGCUGGUCUCUUCGGCUGGUUGCACUCUUAAUCCCAGUGCCUUUCCUCAGCUCACACCAACCAAACCAUUUUCUCCACCGGUUGAGCCGCAACCAUCACUUCUUUCCCCGGUCCGUGAUCUCCAGACGUUGGAAAAGCCUAUUGAACCGACCGAGUCACUUGGUGUUAGCGUGACUGGUCACAAUUCCCGAUCCAGCAGCAGUGGUGCUUGUUUGUUUCCUACCCUUGACACAGACUCUAGUUUGUCAAUUGAUCAGCUAAAAUCAGACAUAGAAGCCCAAGCGGAUGAGUAUGUGCAGUUGUAUUUCAACGAAGCUGCCUUCUUAUCCGCCUACGUGAAAAAUGGAAAACUUAAUGCCACCGGUAGACCGUUACACCAAAAAGAAUUGUCAUCUGUAUUGGAAAAAAUGCGUCAGUUUGCCCACUAUCGUGUUCCCAUUCUCGGUCGGGCGAAUCAGCGUCGAGUAGCUGGCUGUCCGGAGUGUUUGAAACCUUUCAAUCAUGGAUUCACCGAUUUGAAAAAGCAUCUUCUCGUCACACAUCUGGGUCUUAGACGAGACAUCAUCCGAUUCGCGAUCGAGUUUACUCAUUCAGGUCGUAGUAUCUGCAGCACCGGUAGUGCAGUUGGAGCAGCAUUGAAACAAACAGAUGGUGAUUCCGGUAUUGCACGAAAUUCCAAGUACUCGUUUACGACGCGGGCGUCCAGAACCCAGGUGAUUAAAAACUUCAAAAAGCGUGCAUUCACCUUCUCCAGCUUGCAUAAUUCUAGUGUUCGACGUAUUCCCGGAUUCACACAACCAAAUGCAAAGGAAAAUCGCAUAUCAAAAACUCACUCUCCUAUCCCAUUGGCUACAGUGACUCCAGAUGGUUUACCCACACUGGUCAGUUCCCCAUCGUCAUCAUACACGGGUAGUGCACCGGUUCAUCGUAUCAUACCCGGUACAGGAAUCUCAGAUCGUUUUGAGGAUUUGAAGUCUCUCGACGAGGUAGCUCGUGAAGCCCCUGCCGGUCGCGGGGGAAUCAUUCCUUUAGAUGAACACGACCGACCGGUCGGAGCAGCAGUCAUUGCGGCUAAUCAGCCUCAGUCGACAGAAAUGAAUGGCACUACAGAAUUGUUUCUUCCGAAGGUUGGUAAACAACGCAUUCAAUUGGCUUAUUCAUAUCCGGUGUUUAAACGCCUCCUUGAAGCAUACCAGGUUCCUAUGGCUGAACGAAUACAGCUAGUGAACCGUAUGAAUCAUUAUGCUCGUCAGUAUGUGAUCAUGGAACUCCUGGUACCCGGUGGUGCACAGAAGCGAUUUUCUUGUCCCACCUGUUUGUACACUUCGGUCCACUCACUAGCCGACAUUCGCAAACAUAUUAUGGGAUCCCAUUGUGGAAUUUCAACUAAACGAUUUAGACUUUGCUUGCGUGCCUCACGUCACGAUAUCACCACAUACCGAUUACACACGGACGAACGGAUGAUUCGGUUUGUUGAAGACCAUCGUAGACGUCAAAUUCAAGGAGCCAGUGAGACUAAGACCAGUGCUGCUGAUGACAGCCGCCGUUCUAGUGUUACAGAUAAUCAUCUCAAUCAUAGCACAGACCGACUGCGGGAAACGUUGGCGAAUGGAGGUGUCACGGAAAUGAAAAAUGGUGAUCGUUCAUCCGGACCCAUCAGUAUGAAUUUGCAGGAGGAACAACUGGAGACCGACACAAUAGAAGCCGAUCCGUACACAGAAGAAUAUGAUGAAGAACAGUCCGAGAUCUUAGAUGCCUCUGAUCGCGAAUGUGAUCGCCGCUUCUUGAAAGCAGCCAGUCGUUCACCGUCUCCCGCCGCAGACACACCCGCUACGAGUAUGAAUGAUAUUUUGAACACACACACCGAUGACUCGGAACGACAACCAGGCGAAGUGCACCGAAAGAUCGAGUUACCCUUCUCCCCGCACGUACUUCGGCUACUUAUGAAACGUGAAGGAUUAAGCGAUCAAUACGACGAUAUUCUGGAACGGAUGAACUAUUAUAAUCGACACCAUCUGACAGUCGUCUCUCGCGGCGGUCGGAUCUGUUCGUAUAUUUGUGUUUGUGGACGCCGUUUCUUGGUUGUUCGUGAUGAAACCGACACUGAUAUUCGACCAGCGAGCUUAGCCGAUUGCAGAAGGCACAUUUUGGGAGUACAUGCGCGGAUUCCCCAGGAACUACUAACUUUGUGCUGCCAAGCGUCGCGGAUUUCAAAAGAAUCAGGCUAUCGGUUGUAUUCAGACAAUUCCUUGCUUGCAUUAGCCGAGCAGUACAAGUAUCGCUGCUCCCGUCCGUCCGUUUCCGGUGCUCGACAGUCAGAGGAAAGUUUAUCCCCAGUUCCACGAAAUUCUGAAGCUACUGGUUCCGAAGAGAGAUGGAAUAACUUUACCAAUAUCCGCGAGCCACGUUCACCUAUGUCCAGUGUGACUGCCUCUGUCAAGCCAGUUCCCGUGUUUAAUCACAACGCUCCUAGCCAAGUGGCUCUCCGUCAAACCAACUAUUCUGCCACGCGCUCACUCCCUCCUAUGCAUCGAGCUCCUAAACUAGGGCACGACGCAGAUUCUCCUGCGCAGUCGGACGACAGCCAUAAUGCCGUUAUAUUACGUGAUGCAAAUAAAACUCCUCAGACAAAAGCGUCUCCGGAUAACGGUGAAUUGAUUAAAUCGGAUACCCAGCUAGUUAAACCACCGCCGGAAGAUCACCACUGGGGCUUAGACUUGAAUGUCCCACGACGAGCCUUAACACCAGAUGAAGCUGUCUCUUGGCGAAAUAAACUGUCUUUACCCGAAACAUGGAUGCUGGAACGCAUUGUCCGAUUGGCCUACAGUCCAGAACUCUUAGACGAGCAACUGCAAAGUGCCUUGCCAAGUGAUGACAGUUUUGUGGAAACCCUGCAUGAACGGAUGCGUGUUUACAGUCGUCAUUCAGUCUACAUCAUCCGUCUCAGAACCUCGACCAAUCCAAAUCAACGGUUGUACGUUUGUUGUUCUUGCCUGACCACAUCUCAACAUGGGUUUGGUGAUGUGCGCAAACACAUUUUAGGUGUACAUGCUCAUGUUCCGGAGCGGUUCAAAUCCUUAGCAAUGAAUGCAAGUCGUCUGAGCAGGGACGACUACUCAGUAAACACAAGUCAAUUGUCCACACAAUCCGGUGCCACCAAGAAGAACGGGACCAAACCCACCACCACAGCCACUUCACCAAAUGACAGUGAACUGACUGUUGGAUCCCGUGUAUUACGCCGUCGACGCUGUUCCGUGGAGAGCAACGCCUCUUCUUCUCCCUAUUCAUUCCCAGCCUCACAGGACAUUCCCCGUAAACGUCAUCGGGGCAGUCUGGACAUGGAUUCAGAGCAAGCGUUUUCUCCGACCGCUGUGAUAUCUCACUCACCCCAUGACCCACCUUGCAUCGCCGUUCCUCUGAACGGACAUCCUUCUGCACCAGGGUCAAACUCAAUUCGUGCACCACAACGAGAAACUAACGAUGUAUCCCGUCCACCUAUCAUUCUAACUAUUCCUCGCCCAAAAGCGUUCAUUUCCGAAUCAGACUCUGGUCAGUCUUCACCAGCAGAUUCUCAAAAAAUAGAAGAGGGCUUGAGCACAACUGAGGCCGCCUCGGGGAUCUCCGUUUCCGGGUCUCGUAGUCGUCGGUCCAUGAUUCUGAAAUCGAAGAGACCUUGUCCGACUUCGACAUAG